AGUCAAGGCUGCGAAAAAGUUUAAGCAUUUAUAAGAACUCAACAUGUUGAAGUGUUUCAGCUUGUUGCUGCUGCUGCUGGGCAUUGUGGCCCUGAUCAGUGCCGAGGUGAAACGCAUACCCAUACACAAGCACGAUCACAAGCGGACGCGGCUGCAUCACAAGGCGGCGACGCGUUCGCUCAAUCAGAAAUACCAUCCACAACAGGCGCUCUAUGUGCCCGACUAUGACGCGCCCAACUACUAUGACUCGGGCAGCCAGGAGGAUAGUAACGAGUAUGUGAUUGAGAAUCUGUCGAACAAUCAGAACAUGGACUACUAUGGCAUCAUCGGCAUUGGCACACCGCCACAGUACUUCAAUGUGGUGUUCGACACGGGCUCCUCGAAUCUGUGGGUGCCAUCAGUGCAAUGUUUACCCACGGAUGUCGCCUGCCAAAAUCACAAUCAGUACAAUUCAAGUGCCUCGAGCACCUAUGUGCCCAACGGCCAGAGCUUCUCCAUACAAUACGGCACAGGCAGUCUCACUGGCUUCUUGUCAAUGGACACCGUUUCCAUCGAUGGCUUGAGAAUUGCGAAUCAGACGUUCGGCGAAGCCAUCUCGCAGCCCAAUGGCAGCUUCACUGGAGUGCCCUUCGAUGGCAUUUUGGGCAUGGGCUACAUGAACAUCGCUGUGGAUCAGGUGGUGCCGCCAUUUUACAAUCUCUUCGAGCAGGGCUUGAUCGAGGAGCCGACCUUUGGCUUUUACCUGGCGCGUGCGGGCUCAGCCCAAGCCGGUGGCCAACUGGUCUUGGGCGGCGUUGAUACGCAACUCUUCAGCGGAAAUUUGACCUAUGUGCCGAUCGUGCAGCAGGGCUAUUGGCAAUUCGUUGUGAACAGCGCUCAGAUGAAUGGCAAUGUGGUCUGCUAUGAUUGUCAAGCCAUUGCCGAUACGGGCACCUCUCUGCUGGCCUGUCCUGGCAGAGCCUACACCACGCUCAACCAGCUCAUUGGUGGCUAUCUCAUGGAUGGUGAUUACUAUGUCGACUGCUCAACGGUCGCUUCAUUGCCCGUGCUCAGCUUCAAUAUUGGCGGCACCAUCUUCAACCUGCCCUCGUCUGCCUACAUCAGCAGCUUCACGGAGAACAACUCGACCUUCUGCAUGUCCAGCUUCACGUACAUCAACACUAACUUCUGGAUUCUGGGCGAUGUCUUCAUUGGCCAGUUCUAUACACAGUUUGAUUUCGGUGAGAAUCGCGUCGGCUUUGCACCUGUGGCCUAAGCGACGUCUGAUUUUACCUGAAAAUUUUAUUUGAAAAAAAAAAAAAAACGAAUCUGUAAAG